GAACCGUCCGACGCGACGCCACGCCAGGCCGGUCCCGAUCCCAAUCCUGCCACCCUGUGACCCAUCGAUUGGCUUGCCCCCACCACCCCCACCACUCUCUGCUCCUGUCCGUCUCACUCGCCACAACAAUGCAGCACUGCAGGUGAAUCCGCCUCGCAUCUCGCUUUAUCUGCCACUUCCUCGUCCAGUCCAGUCCACUCGCGCUCUCGUUUUCCAAGGCGACAGACCGGAGAGCUUCGCAAUGCGGCGGCUCCUCGCGCUGGUGGCCGCCGUGCUGGCGGCGCUGGAGCUGCGGCCGGCGCUGGGCACCGAUCCCUACGCCUUCUUCGACUGGGACGUCUCCUACGUCACCGCAGCGCCGCUCGGCGUCAAGCAGCAGGUGAUAGGCAUCAACGGCAAGUUCCCUGGGCCCGUCGUGAACAUCUCCACCAACUGGAACGUCGUCGUCAACGUGCUCAACGACCUCGACGAGCCCCUCCUCAUCACCUGGAACGGGAUCCAGCACCGGAAGAACUGCUGGCAAGACGGGGUGCUGGGCACCAACUGCCCCAUCCCGUCGGGCUGGAACUGGACGUACGAGUUCCAGGUGAAGGACCAGAUCGGCAGCUUCUUCUACUUCCCCUCCACCAGCCUGCAGCGCGCCGCCGGCGGCUUUGGCGGCGUCAUCGUCAACAACCGGGACGUCAUCGCCGUGCCCUUCGGCCGCCCCGACGGCGACAUCACAAUCUUCAUCGGCGACUGGUACAACAAGAACCACACGGAUCUGAGGAAGACGCUGGACAGCGGGAAGGACCUCGGGAUGCCGGACGGCGUGCUGAUAAACGGCAAGGGGCCGUACCGGUACAACGACAGCCUUGUGCCGGCCGGCAUCGAGUACGAGACCUUCAAUGUGCAUCCGGGCAGGACGUACCGCAUCCGGGUGCACAACGUGGGCACGUCGACGAGCCUCAACUUCCGGAUCCAGGGCCACAACAUGCUGCUCGUCGAGACGGAGGGCUCCUACACCACGCAGCAGAACUACACCAAUCUGGACGUCCACGUCGGCCAGUCCUACUCCUUCCUCGUCACCACGGACCAGAACGCCAGCUCCGACUACUACGUAGUCGCCAGCGCCCGCAUGGUGAACGAGACCCUCUGGCGCCGCGUCACCGGCGUCGCCGUCCUCCGUUACUCCAACUCCAAGGGCCCCGCCUCCGGCCCCCUCCCUGACCCGCCCCAGGACCAGAACGACAAGACCUUCUCCAUGAACCAGGCGAGGUCCGUCAGGUGGAACCUGAGCGCGGGCGCGGCGCGGCCGAACCCGCAGGGCUCGUUCCGGUACUCGUCGAUCAACGUGACGCAGGCGUACCUGCUGCGGAGCACGGCGCCGGUGUCCAUCGGCGGGAGGCGGCGGGCGACGCUGAACGGACUCUCCUACGCGCCACCGGAGACGCCGCUUCGGCUGGCCGACGCGUACGGGGUGAAGGGCGUGUACACGCUGGACUUCCCGGAGCGGCCGUUGCAAGGCGCGCCCCGGAUCGCGCGGUCCAUCAUCAACGGCACCUACCGCGGGUUCAUGGAGCUCAUCUUUCAGAACAACGACACCAGGAUGCAGAGCUACCACAUGGACGGAUACGCCUUCUUCGUCGUCGGGAUGGACUAUGGAGAAUGGACAGAGGACAGCAGGGGUACGUACAACAAGGGCGACGGCGUUGCGCGCAGCACUGUACAGGUUUACCCGGGCGCGUGGGCGGCGGUGUUGGUGUCCUUGGACAACGUCGGCAUCUGGAACGUGCGGUCUGAGAACCUGGACUCGUGGUACCUGGGGCAGGAGGUCUACGUCAGGGUCGUCAACCCUGAAGACACCGGCAACAAGACCGAGAUAGCCAUCCCUGACAACGCCCUGUACUGCGGCCAGCUCCACAAGUACCAGAAGGAGCAAACUCCUCACCACAAGAUGGGGGCGUCGGCGCGGUCGUCGUCCGCGACGAGUCCGCUGCUCGCAGCGACGCUGCUCCUGGUCGGAGCCGUCGUGCUCGCGCCGUAGCGUGGCGUCGCUGCUGUGUGUGUUCCUGCGCUGAGACGACUCUGCUGUGUCGGUUUCUUUAGGGUCAGAGGUUUUAGGCUAAGCCGUUUUAUUUUCUUUUGUCGAUAUGAGCUUGUUUGUGUAUUGUGCGCCCAAUUGCCCAUGGUUCUUUUUUGCCCUCACAUUGGGCUGUUUUUAGGAAGGGUCGAUUGUUUCCUUGACAAGUGCUACCACGGCUUACGAUUUGAUUUGUUCAUGCGUUUAUUCACCAGGUUCAAUCCUAAUCCUAGUUUUUUUUUUGUC